AUGUCGACAGAUCCUCCCUCAGCUUCCGCGCCUGCGCAAGACGCCCCUCAGCAAGCUGCUCCAGCGCGCAAGGACAGCUUCUCUGCCAAGUCGGAAGACUCUCAAACCGCAGCCGAAUUCAUCCGUACCCAAGAAGCUCUCGAAGCUGAUGCCCGCGAGGCUCUGCCAUAUAGCAUCGAAUCCUGCACCAAGAUCCUCGGCCCUCUGCGACAAGCCGUAUUCGCCUGCCUGACAUGCAAUCCCGCUCCCGCAAAGCCCGGCGAUGACUGGACGCCCGCCGGCGUCUGCUACGCAUGCUCCAUCCAGUGCCACGGCGAACACACCCUCGUCGAGAUCUUCCAGAAGCGAAACUUUACCUGCGACUGCGGAACCAAGCGCAUCCCUUCCACGAGCCCAUGCACCCUCCGCCUGAACGAGACGACCAACACCCGCGGAGUUCAUUCUGAAGAGCCUGAUGUGAAUAACAAGUACAAUCACAACUUUCGCAACCGUUUCUGCGGCUGUGAAUGCGACUAUGAUCCUUUCCAGCAGAAGGGCACCAUGUUCCAGUGCCUGGGCCUGGGAACGCAUGAGACUGGUGGUUGUGGCGAGGAUUGGUAUCAUCCGGGCUGCCUCGUUGGCAUGGGACCUAACUGGUUCGAGAAGAUGGAGAAGCCUGAGAAGAAGCCAGUCAAGGAGGGCGAAGAGGGUGCCAAAUUGACCACCAUUGCGGAGGGAAAUGAGGACCAGCCGAAUGCUGCCCAGAAUGGUGCCCAGGAGACCGCCGUCGAAGAGGAGGAGGACGACGAGGUCCCGAUGCCUCCAGGUUUCCCCGAUGAAGAUGCUUUUGAAGCCUUCCUAUGCUACAAGUGCGUUGAUGCGCACCCCUGGAUCAAACGCUACGCAGGAACUUCAGGCUUUCUUCCCGCCGUGUUCCUCAACCAGGCUGUGUCUGCUCCCAAGACCGAAGAGGCAGCAAGCGAAGAGGCGACGACCGCUGCGGCCGACACAACCGAGACAAGCGAAGUUCCUUCGCGCAAGCGCAAGGCGGAUGACGAUGCGGAGGAUGACACAGAGGCCAAGCGCGUAAAGAGCGAGGCCCAACCCGAAGAGCAGGCUGAAAAGCCAGCUGAAAAGCCACUUGAAGAGCCAGCUGCCCCCUCGGAAGAGACAUCCUCCACAAACAGCACCCUCCCCUGCAAACUCAAGAACUUCCCCCAAGCCCCUGAAGGCCAAUUCUCCCUCUUCCUCAAGGAAGGUUUCCGCGACGCCUUCUGCCGCUGCUCCUCUUGCUUUCCCCUCCUCAACCCUCACCCCCAGCUCCUAGAGGAGGAGGAAGUCUAUGAGCCGCCCCUGUCCGAUGACGGCUCCCAGAACGGCGGCAAUGGUGGCGGCUCCCACGGUAGUGGUAGUCUCCUCGAGCGUGGGGAGAGCGCACUGCGCAACGUGGAUCGCGUGCGAGCCAUCGAAGGCGUUAUGGCGUACAACCACCUCAAGGAGAGGCUCAAGCCCUUUUUCCAACAGUUUGCCGACAGCGGCGAGACCAUCGGCGCCGAAGACAUCAAGGCCUACUUUGCCAAGCUGAGAGGUGACGAGCAGGGUAUUCAGGAGGCUGGUGAAAAGGCAGCCAGAGAGGGUGGUGGCGAUGGUGAGGCAGAUAAUCGAAAGGAGCAGAGCGGAUAUUGA